AUGCCCAUAAAGGUCGAACCAGCAAGCAAUCGAUGGAUCAAGGACGACAACCACUUGAGAAAGUUGAGAAGGAUCGAAAGUGAGCAGGAGGAGGCGAAGGAAAUGAGAAUGCGAAGGUCACUGCAGUUGAGAUGGGUGGGGGAACUGCUCCACAAAGAAGUUAAAGAUAAAUUGGCAGCAGUUUUAUUUUUCUGGCAAACUUGCAAAUUUGAGGCAUCACCGUGCAUGCAUGACGAAAACCUUCGUUACAUGGCGAUUGACUUGUGCCGGCGAAAUCAAAUUGAAGGUUUCAAAGCAAGUCGAACCUGGAUAAAAGCUUUCAAACGGCGAUAUGGUAUCGUUUCGAGGAAGAUAACGGCGUUCGUCACGAGAAGGAACCAUAGAAGCCGUGAGGAGAUCGAGCUCGAGGCAGCGCAGUUCGUAAGCGUCGUCAGAAGAGAAAUGGCAAGCAGGACACUGGCUUGCUUUUGCAACGGCGACCAGUCGGGCUUUGUCAAGGAGAUGACAACAGCGAGAUCACUGGCACCCGUGGGAGUUAAGAAGACGAGCUUUUUCUGA